UUUUAUAUAGAUAUCAUGUGAUAAUAGGAUACAUUUAUGAUGUAAUUUAUUAUGGCACUGGUGUUUGGAGUGAGGUUUGCAAAUUAUAUCAUUGUAAAAUUGUAAAUUACAUUGUGUAUAUAUUAUGACUGCAUAGUCUUUCACAAAUUGUUAUUAGUAUAUAUUGUAAUGGUUAUAAAACCUUGAAUUUUGUUUUAAUAAUCAGUAUUAAAUUUUCUAUUAUUUUACUGCAUGUUUGAUAAUAUUCGACCAUAUUUAAUUUUCUAUUAUUUUACUGCAUGUUUAAUAAUGUUCAAUCAGUAUUAAAUUUUCUAUUAUUUUUUAAUGCAUGCUGAUGUUCAAUUAAUUUUGAUUUUUCUGUUAUUUUAUUCCAUGUUUUGGUUUGUUUUUUUUUUGUUCUAUUGUAUUGUUUAUGUUAAUGCCCUAUCAGUAUUAUUUAAAUUCUCUGUUAUUUUACUGCAUGCUAAGCUAAUUAUGUCUUUUACAUGUUUAUUUUUUAUGUUGCCGUCCUUUUUUAUUGUAAUGUUUAUCAAUGACUGUGAUAAAAAAAAAUCCAAUAAAGACGUAAAUUGACUAUUUUGUAUGGUUUGGUUUAUUUAGAAGCCGUAGAAGUGCUGACUCACUGAUUGACAUCUUUAAAAUAUACGAGUUGGAAUAUAUAUAUAUGAGAAAGAUAAUAUACAAUUAUAUAUGUGAAAUUUGUAUUUAAUAACACUCUAAUGGUGUGCACUGGAAUCUAAUUGCAGUUCUCCAAACGCCUAGAUAUAUCGUCUAGCUUCCCCGUCUAGGGAUUUCAUUGUCGCCGAUGACGAUACAUGCAUCCGUGGUGAACGUCGACAUAAAUUCUCGUCGACGGAAAUCUAUGUUGGGCGAUGAUGUACUACAUGUAUAUUGCAACAAGGAACUCUUCUUCUACUUUUACGGUAAUGAAAGUUGGACUGAUUUCGUAGGAUCUAGAUCGGCGUUGAUGAACGACGAGAAAUCGUCAUGAACUGUUAUAUAUUAUUAUCAAAAUUAUCAUCCAUUUGGUCAACUCAUAUCUUCUUCACCAUGCAAGUCUUCGAGAUAACGUUAUGUACCAUCACUAUAGCACAUCAAAUUCAUAAUUGUUGGAAUGGCUAUGGUGUUUAUUGGAUUUCUGCUCCUCCUGCCUUGCAUUUGGGGAGGAAACGAUCAAUCCGAUUUCAUUUUAAAAUCCGCUAGUUUUCCAGAUGACGAUCGCUUUGCCCCACCUAUUGGAAACGGUUACUUAGCUACCAACGUGUUUAGUGACGCCAUAUACGUUGAUGGCGUUUUCAAUGGAUACCGCGUUGACAGCCAUCGAGCCAGAAUUCCCUCUACCGCGUCUCUUCGUGUUGUAAAUGACGUUAUUUCUGAAGAAUAUAGUCUGGAUAUGUGGAAUGGUGUGUUUAUUCAUCGUGCUAACCUGUCAGAUUGUGAGGUGGAAACGAAAACAUUUGCCCACAGGUUGUUCCCAACUCUGCUGAUAGUGCUCGUGAAGCUAACCAAAACCCGACCAUAUCAUUCUUGUCUAAAUGUGAGGAUUCACCAAGCCGAAGGAAAACCAACUACAGAUUUCAAUCUGUCUAGCAUAAUGGUGAACAGUAAUUAUAACUCAGGAUACCGCUAUGGACCAAUAAGACAACCAGAGACAAAUACCAGCAUUUUGACAUCAAUCCAUCAUUUCUGGACCCUUGUUCCUGCUUCUCUUUCGUUGAACUCUUCACAGGAGUCUCAGACAUUCAAGUUUGUUACCUCCAUUCACACAAACAAGACGGAGUCGUCUCGGCGCUUCACCACCGCCCUGUCAAUCAGUUCAGAUGAACUAUACUGGUUGCAUUGUAAGACAUGGCAAGGGCUGUGGGGGAGAGGCAAAAUUAAGAUUUUUGGGGACGAUGACCUACAGAAGACAAUUAACGCAUGUUUUUAUCACAUCCUGUCGUCACUUCCUGCAAAGAAGACGAAUAGUUUCUAUGGUCUUAGUCCCGGGGGACUUUCUCGAGGAGGCAAAUUGUUUGCUAAUGUUUCUGGCGGACCGCACAACGACUACGCAGGUCACGUGUUCUGGGAUAUGGAUACGUGGAUAAUGCCACCUAUCAUGAUGUUUUUCCCAGACAUGGCAAGAACGAUGAUUGGGUCCAGGCUCCGGGUACUUCCUGUCGUUAAGAAGAGGGCACAGAAAAACGGAUAUCAAGGAGCUCAGUUUCCCUGGGAACAGGCUUUUACAGGUUAUGAAAGCUGUCCUUGGAAGCCAGCAUCAGAUUACCAAAUCCACGUGACUGCUGACGUAGCACUUUCCAUACGUCAUUACUUGGCUGUUUCCUCGAAAGAGCGAGCUACAGAGCUUCUGAACAGUGGAGGGAAAGAGUUAACACUAGAAAUAGCUCGUUUUUGGAUGAGUAGAGUAACAGAGUCUGUGACAGGAGACUAUGUAAUUACUGGUGUAAUGGGACCUGACGAAUAUCAUUUCAACAUCAACAAUUCUAUUUUCACAAACUACAACGCCAAAUUAAGUUUGGAACUGCCACAUCUCGUCAUGAAGAGGCAGUUAACGCCAGUAAAUAAGACGGAAGUGGAUGAGUUUCUGAAGGUCAGCAAUAAGAUAAGGAUUCUGUAUGAUCAACAAAAAGAUUUCCAUCCUCAGUACGAUGGCUUCUCACUGAAAGAAAAAAUUAAGCAGUCGGACGUUGUUUUGCUGGGGUUUCCUCUCCAAAUGAAUAUGUCUAAAUCAACGAGAAGGAAUGAUCUAGAAAUAUACGAAAAUGUAACAGACAAAUACGGACCAGAUACAGGCACGUGGAGCAUGCAUACGGUUGGAUGGUUAGAGCUAGACCAACCCCAGAGAGCUCACCAAAACUUCAAAAUGAUGUUCCGAAACAUCAACGGCCCCUUUAAGGUGUUCAGUGAGAAGCCGGUCGAUUCUAGCGAUGGUCCGCGAUGUGUGAAUUUCAUCACAGCAGCUGGAGGACUGCUUCAGGCUGUGGUUUUCGGUUAUGGCGGAUUACGUUUGAAAGACGACCAUCUAGAGGUCUCUGUAUCCAGUAUUCUAAGGAUAUCGACUUGGGCGAUGUAUGAUCUAAAAUAUAGAGGAUUUACGUUUGACUUGCAACUAAACGACGAUAAGUUGUCCAUUACAGUGACAGACUCUGAGAACCAGAAUAAGUCGUUGGCUGUGCUGCUUCGGGACGGAUCCUCCCAUCCUCUACAUACAGGAAAGGUGAAAUCUGUACUGGAUAAAGCAAUUAAGCUCCGGGUGGAGGAGAGUAAGACUGUUGUUGAUAAUUAUAACCACAAUAGUGUUCAAACUUUAAAGUCCAGUGGUAUCUUAUUGGCCGUAUUCAAUCUUUUAUUGAUUUUGUGAGGAAAAGAAAAAUCGUCGUGUGCUCACAUUUUUUGAUAUGUAUUCCCUCAUUAAAUGUCAAACAA